AUGUUCAGCUUUGUGGAUUCUCGGUCACUGCUGUUGAUAGCAGCGACUGUCCUACUCGCCCGCGGGCAAGGAGAGGAAGACAUCCAAACCGGGAGCUGCAUCCAGGAUGGGCUCACGUACAGCGACAAGGACGUGUGGAAACCAGAACCGUGCCAGAUCUGCGUCUGCGACAGCGGCAACAUCCUGUGCGACGAGGUGAUGUGCGAGGACACCUCCGACUGCCCCAACGCCGAGAUCCCCUUCGGAGAGUGCUGCCCCAUCUGUCCCGACACCGACGCCUCCCCUGCCUACCCAGAAAAUGCUGGAGUAGAGGGUCCUAAAGGAGACCCCGGCCCCAAAGGAGACAGGGGACUGCCCGGCCCCCCCGGCAGAGAUGGAAUCCCCGGCCAGCCCGGCCUGCCCGGCCCCCCCGGCCCCCCCGGCCCCCCCGGCCUCGGCGGGAACUUCGCUCCCCAGAUGUCCUACGGAUACGACGAGAAGGCCGGAGGCAUGGCCGUGCCCGGGCCCAUGGGCCCAGCUGGUCCCCGUGGUCUCCCCGGCCCUCCCGGUGCUCCCGGUCCUCAAGGUUUCCAAGGUCCCCCUGGUGAACCUGGAGAGCCUGGUGCUUCUGGUCCCAUGGGCCCCCGAGGUCCUGCUGGCCCCCCUGGCAAGAACGGAGACGACGGUGAAGCUGGCAAGCCUGGCCGCCCCGGAGAGCGGGGUGCCCCCGGCCCUCAGGGUGCUCGAGGUCUGCCCGGAACCGCUGGCCUGCCAGGCAUGAAGGGACACAGAGGUUUCAGUGGUCUGGAUGGUGCCAAGGGUGAGCCUGGACCUGCUGGCCCCAAGGGAGAGCCCGGCAGCCCUGGAGAGAACGGAGCUCCUGGGCAGAUGGGUCCUCGUGGUCUUCCCGGCGAGAGAGGCCGUCCCGGUCCAUCUGGCCCCGCUGGCGCUCGUGGCAAUGACGGCGCUCCCGGCGCUGCCGGUCCCCCCGGUCCAACUGGUCCCGCUGGUCCCCCCGGCUUCCCCGGUGCCGCCGGUGCUAAGGGUGAGACCGGUCCCCAAGGAGCUCGUGGCAGCGAAGGUCCCCAGGGUGCUCGCGGUGAGCCCGGUCCCCCCGGCCCUGCUGGCGCCGCCGGUCCUGCUGGCAACCCCGGUGCUGACGGCCAACCCGGAGCCAAGGGCGCCACCGGCGCUCCCGGCAUCGCUGGCGCUCCCGGCUUCCCCGGUGCCCGCGGUCCCUCCGGCCCGCAGGGUCCCAGCGGCGCCCCCGGCCCCAAGGGCAACACCGGUGAGCCCGGCGCUCCAGGCAACAAGGGUGACACCGGUGCCAAAGGCGAACCCGGUCCCGCUGGUGUCCAAGGUCCCCCCGGCCCCGCUGGAGAAGAAGGAAAGAGAGGAGCCCGUGGUGAGCCCGGCCCCGCUGGGCUGCCCGGCCCUGCUGGCGAACGUGGCGCUCCUGGCAGCCGCGGUUUCCCUGGCGCCGAUGGCAUGGCCGGUCCCAAGGGUCCCCCCGGUGAACGCGGCUCCCCCGGCCCUGUCGGCCCCAAAGGAUCUCCUGGUGAAGCUGGACGCCCCGGGGAACCCGGACUGCCCGGUGCCAAGGGUCUCACUGGAAGCCCCGGCAGCCCCGGACCCGACGGCAAGACCGGCCCUCCUGGUCCCGCUGGUCAAGACGGGCGGCCCGGCCCCCCCGGCCCCCCCGGAGCCCGAGGCCAGGCCGGCGUGAUGGGAUUCCCCGGUCCCAAAGGUGCUGCGGGCGAACCCGGCAAACCUGGCGAGAGAGGAGCUCCCGGUCCCCCCGGAGCUGUGGGCCCCGCUGGCAAAGACGGUGAAACCGGUGCCCAAGGUCCCCCCGGCCCCACCGGUCCCGCUGGAGAACGAGGUGAACAAGGUCCCGCUGGUGCUCCUGGCUUCCAGGGUCUGCCCGGCCCUGCUGGUCCCCCUGGUGAGGCUGGCAAGCCUGGUGAGCAGGGUGUCCCUGGAGACGCCGGAGCCCCCGGUCCUGCCGGUGCCAGGGGUGAGAGAGGAUUCCCCGGAGAGCGCGGUGUCCAAGGUCCCCCCGGUCCCCAAGGUCCCCGCGGUGCUAACGGCGCUCCUGGUAACGAUGGUGCUAAGGGCGAUGCUGGAGCUCCCGGAGCCCCCGGGAACCAGGGCCCCCCCGGUCUGCAGGGAAUGCCCGGAGAGCGCGGUGCUGCCGGCCUGCCAGGCGCCAAGGGUGACAGAGGUGACCCCGGUCCCAAAGGUGCUGAUGGCGCUCCUGGCAAGGACGGUCUCCGAGGCCUGACCGGUCCCAUCGGCCCCCCCGGCCCUGCUGGUGCUCCUGGUGACAAGGGUGAAGCCGGUCCCCCCGGCCCUGCUGGUCCCACUGGUGCCCGUGGUGCUCCCGGUGACCGCGGCGAGCCCGGCCCUCCCGGUCCUGCUGGAUUUGCUGGCCCCCCCGGCGCUGACGGCCAGCCUGGUGCUAAAGGUGAAACUGGGGAUGCUGGAGCCAAGGGUGACGCCGGUCCCCCCGGCCCUGCUGGCCCCACUGGUGCUCCUGGACCUGCUGGUGCUGUUGGUGCUCCCGGUCCCAAAGGUGCUCGCGGCAGCGCUGGACCCCCUGGUGCUACUGGUUUUCCUGGUGCUGCUGGAAGAGUUGGACCCCCCGGCCCCUCUGGUAACAUCGGCCUGCCCGGCCCGCCCGGCCCCGCCGGCAAGGAAGGCGGCAAAGGACCCCGCGGUGAGACCGGCCCCGCCGGCCGCCCCGGAGAGCCGGGACCCGCCGGGCCCCCCGGUCCCCCCGGCGAGAAAGGAGCCCCCGGUGCUGACGGUCCCAUCGGCGCUCCCGGCACUCCCGGACCCCAAGGUAUCGCCGGCCAGCGCGGUGUGGUCGGUCUGCCCGGCCAGAGAGGCGAGCGAGGCUUCCCUGGGCUGCCCGGCCCCUCCGGUGAACCCGGCAAACAAGGCCCCUCUGGCUCUCCUGGUGAGCGCGGCCCCCCCGGCCCCAUGGGCCCCCCUGGUCUGGCUGGACCCCCUGGAGAAGCUGGACGUGAAGGCGCCCCCGGUGCUGAAGGUGCCCCCGGCCGUGACGGUGCUGCUGGUCCCAAGGGUGAUCGUGGUGAGACCGGCCCCGCCGGCCCCCCUGGUGCUCCCGGUGCCCCCGGUGCCCCCGGCCCAGUCGGACCUGCUGGCAAGAACGGAGAUCGCGGUGAGACCGGUCCCCAAGGUCCCGCUGGCCCCCCUGGUCCUGCUGGUGCUCGUGGCCCUGCUGGUCCCCAAGGUCCCCGUGGUGACAAAGGUGAAACCGGUGAACAGGGUGACAGAGGCAUGAAGGGUCACAGAGGCUUCUCCGGUCUCCAGGGCCCGCCUGGUCCUCCCGGCUCUCCUGGUGAACAAGGUCCUUCUGGUGCUUCUGGUCCCGCCGGUCCCCGAGGUCCCCCUGGCUCCGCUGGUGCUGCCGGCAAGGACGGUCUGAACGGGCUGCCCGGCCCCAUCGGUCCCCCCGGCCCCCGCGGCCGCACCGGCGACGUCGGACCCGUCGGUCCCCCCGGCCCCCCCGGGCCCCCCGGUCCUCCUGGCCCUCCCAGCGGCGGCUUCGACUUCAGCUUCCUGCCGCAGCCGCCCCAGGAGAAGGCGCACGACGGCGGCCGCUACUACCGGGCCGACGAUGCCAACGUGAUGCGCGACCGCGACCUGGAGGUGGACACCACCCUCAAGAGCCUGAGCCAGCAGAUCGAGAACAUCCGCAGCCCCGAGGGCACCCGCAAGAACCCCGCCCGCACCUGCCGCGACCUCAAGAUGUGCCACGGCGACUGGAAGAGCGGCGAGUACUGGAUCGACCCCAACCAAGGCUGCAACCUGGACGCCAUCAAGGUCUUCUGCAACAUGGAGACGGGCGAGACGUGCGUGUACCCGACGCAGGCGUCCAUCGCCCGCAAGAACUGGUACCUCAGCAAGAACCCCAAGGAGAAGAAACACGUCUGGUUCGGCGAGGCCAUGAGCGACGGCUUCCAGUUUGAGUACGGCGGCGAAGGCUCCGACCCGGCCGACGUGGCCAUCCAGCUGACCUUCCUGCGCCUCAUGGCCACCGAGGCCUCGCAGAACGUCACCUACCACUGCAAGAACAGCGUGGCCUACAUGGACCAGGCCAGCGGCAACCUGAAGAAGGCCCUGCUGCUGCAGGGCGCCAACGAGAUCGAGAUCCGCGCCGAGGGCAACAGCCGCUUCACCUACGGCGUCACCGAGGACGGCUGCACGAGUCACACGGGCGCCUGGGGCAAGACAGUCAUCGAGUACAAGACGACGAAGACCUCGCGCCUGCCCAUCAUCGAUUUGGCUCCUAUGGACGUCGGCGCUCCGGACCAGGAAUUCGGCAUCGACAUCGGCCCCGUCUGCUUCUUGUAA